AUGGAAUUCAUGAGCACGCUCGGGUACCUGCCCGGUGCCGUGUACGAGCUGCAGCAGCGGGGUGAGGUGGCGGCGGGGCCGGCGGCGCGGGGCGCGGCCCUGCCUGCGGUUCUCGGGGGGCAGUUGCCUCGUCUCAAUGCCGACCAGGCCGAUGCCGUCGCGCGCGCCAAGAAGUACGCCAUGGAGCAGAGUAUCAAAAUGGUACUCAUGAAGCAGACGUUGGCGCACCAGCAGCAGCAGAUGGCUUCGCAGCGUACGCAAGUGCAACGUCAACAGGCACUCGCGCUCAUGUGCAGGGUGUACGUGGGUUCGAUUUCCUUCGAACUGAAGGAGGACACCAUCCGGCAGGCGUUCCUGCCUUUCGGCCCGAUUAAGUCCAUCAACAUGUCGUGGGACCCCGUGACCCAGAAGCACAAGGGGUUCGCCUUCGUCGAGUACGAGAUUCCCGAGGCGGCGCAGCUCAGCCUGGAGCAGAUGAACGGCGUCAUGCUCGGUGGCAGGAACAUAAAGGUGGUCGGCCGGCCUUCGAACAUGCCGCAGGCCCAGGCCGUGAUCGACGAGAUUCAAGAAGAGGCGAAGCAGUACAACCGCAUCUACGUGGCGUCCGUGCAUCCCGAGCUGAGCGAGGACGACAUCAAAAACGUGUUCGAGGCCUUCGGGCCCAUCACGUACUGCAAGCUCGCCUACGGUGCCUCCGCGCACAAGCACAAGGGCUACGGCUUCAUCGAGUACGCGUCGCUGCCCGCCGCGCUCGAGGCCAUCGCGUCUAUGAACCUGUUCGACCUCGGCGGGCAGUACCUUCGCGUGGGCCGCGCCAUCACCCCGCCCAACGCCCUGCUGGGCCCGCCCGCCGCCUCCGCCAUGCCCACGGCCGCCGCCGUCGCCGCCGCCGCCGCCACGGCCAAAAUCCAGGCGAUGGACGCCGUCGCCAGCAACGCCGUGGCGCUCGGCCUCACCAAGCUCAACGCGCUCGGCGUGCCCCCGGCCGCCGCGCUGCCGACGCUCGCCGCGGCGCUGCCCGUCUCUCUACCCGUGACACUGCCGGCCGCGAUGCCAGUGGCGCUGCCCGUGACCGUCCCCGUCGCGUUGCCCGCGACGCUACCCGCGGUCCCGCCGCCGGCCGCCGCGAUCCCCCCGCCCGGCGUGGUGAUUCCGCCGGCGCCGCCUCGCGCCGAAACCGCAUCCGCCGAAAGCGAGGACGGCGGCGCGCAGGCGGCGCUGCAGCGCAAGCUGCUCGACACGUCGCCGGACACGCUGCAGCAGCAGGAGUCGCUGUCGAUCUCGGGGCAGUCGGCGCGCCACCUCGUGAUGCAGCGCCUGAUGCGUCGCCGCGUCUCCCGCACGCUGCUUCUGCGCAACAUGGUGUCGCCUCGAGACGUGGACGAGGCGCUGCACCACGAGAUCCGUGACGAGUGCGGCAAGUGGGGCCAGGUGCGACGGCUCGUCAUCUACAACGAGCGCCAGAGCGAAGACGACGACCCGGCGCACGCGCACGUCAAGAUCUUCGUGGAGUUCGCGGAGCCGGAGCAGGCGAGCGCGGCGGCCUCCGCCCUGGAGGGCCGCUACUUCGCCGGACGAACGGUGAGAGCCGCCCUCUACGACCAAGACCUCUUCGACCACGGGGACCUGUCCGCCUGA